AUGAGCGGCCAGUUCCAAGACGACCUGCACGGCAGGGCCGAGCGGAGGAGGAGUAAGUCGCCCACGCUGCUCUCCUCCUACUGCAUAGACAGCAUUCUGGGUCGCCGGAGCCCCUGCAGGGUCCGACUCAUAGGGCCGCAAAGUUUGACGGGUCUGCCGGCCAGAGGCGAACUCGACAAGACGGCUGAAGGUUCAACGAAAGACCCCCUGACUCUGGAGGCGGACAUGCACCUGCCGCCCAAGCUCCGCCGGCUGUACGGGCCGGGGGGCAAGUACCUCCAUGAGCACGGCGACAAGCUGGACCGGGAGCGGCUCCUGCUGGACCAGGCCUGCGACAACCUGAAGAUCAGCCACGCGCCGCAGGUCAGCAUCAGCCGCAGCAAGUCGUACCGGGAGAACGCGUCCCUGAGCCGGGGAGACGGAGCCCAGAGCCCCGCCGGAGGCUCGGAGGACAGCAGCCUGGGACUGGUGGAGCUCGGCCCGCUGAAGUUUGAGGAGGACACGGGGAAGGAGGGGGAGGAGGAGGAGGCCGGCGGAGACGCCGUCGCUCUCUCCCCGAAGGACGAGGAGCGGGAGAGCUUGAACACCGGGGAUGGGGACGUGAGGGACGGGGAGGACAGCGUGUGUCUGUCCGCGGGCAGUGACUCGGAGGAGGGGAUGCUGAAGCGGAAACAGAGAAGAUACAGGACUACGUUCACCAGCUACCAGCUGGAGGAGCUGGAGAGAGCUUUCCAGAAGACGCACUACCCCGACGUGUUCACCAGGGAAGAGCUCGCGAUGCGCCUGGACCUCACCGAAGCCCGUGUUCAAGUGUGGUUUCAGAACCGCCGAGCCAAGUGGAGGAAACGUGAGAAGGCCGGGGUGCAGGCCCACCCGUCCGGCCUGCCCUUCCCAGGCCCUCUGGCAGCUGCCCAUCCCCUCAGCCACUAUCUGGAGGGAGGACCCUUCCCUCCCCAUCCCCACCCAGCCUUAGAGUCUGCCUGGACGGCUGCUGCUGCCGCCGCUGCCGCCUUCCCGGGUCUGGCACCACCUCCCCAUAGUGGCUCUGCGCCGCCCCUGGCCACUCCUCUUGGUCUGGGCACCUUCCUGGGCACGGCCGCCAUGUUCCGCCACCCUGCCUUCAUCGGACCCACUUUUGGCAGACUCUUCUCCAGUAUGGGCCCACUGACCAGUGCUUCCACUGCUGCAGCUCUCCUCCGUCAGCCAGCCCCUCCUGUGGAGAAUCCCUCCCACCCGGGUCCUGCCGUCCUCCCUGAUCCCUCCUCCUCCUCCUCUUCCUCCUCAGCAGCGGCGGACCGCAGGGCCUCCAGUAUUGCCGCGCUGCGCCUGAAGGCCAAGGAACACUCGGCUCAGCUCACCCAGCUCAACAUCCUUCCAACCGGAGCCCCGGGCAAGGAGGUGUGCUGA